AUGGAAGCCACUAAUGAUAAUAAUCCAAGAAUUCAAACAUAUCGUUAUAAUAGUAAAUUAAAUAACGAAUUUCGUAUCAAUAUACCAAAGAUCAAAAUUUUGUUUCGUAAUGAAGAAUUUUUGGUCAUCGAUAAACCUUAUGAUGUAAAAAUUGAUGGCGAUUCUUCUAAAAGACCAACUGGUUGUUAUUGUCUAGCAUUGACAAAACUUUCAGCAAGAUUAGCAAGCGUGGCAUUUACAAAAAGAACUGUUAAAAAAAGUUAUUUGGCAAUUGUUAGAAAUUGGAUGAAAGAUGAUAAUUAUAUUGUUGAUCAACCUAUAGCUGAAGUACCUAAUAAUAGAUAUAGAAUGUGUCUUGGUAGAGACUAUCAUUAUGAAAAUUUAUGCGAAAAUCUUUGUUAUACUGAUACUUGGAGAAUGAUGUUGCACGCACAUAAAUUAUUCAUACCAUUGAGAAACAAUAAUAAUGAUGACGAGAAAGAAGAGAAGGAAGUAAUUGAUGAAAUAAAGUCUUUGGAUAUAGAAUCUGAUGAUCCAUUCUCUAAUUUAGUCUAUGAUUCCUAA